AUGGUCUGUAGGUCUGAGUCCAGCGAGGGACUUUUGGCUGAUGUACACACCCCUGAAUUCUUUAAUGGCAUACGAGCUUCUGGCAUACCUAACCACUCUUUAACGUUAAAGGUUGGCUCACCUGUGAUGCUACUGAGAAAUAUAGAUCACUCCCACGGGUUGUGCAGUGGUACUAGAUUGAUAGUCACUAAGUUGGCAGAACAUGUCAUAGAAGCAAAAAUAUCCACAGGUGACCAUACAGGUAAUAGGGUGUUGGUUCCUCGAAUGUCUAUGACUCCUUCAGAUCCAAGAUUGUCAUUCAAGUUUAAAAGAAAACAAUUCCCAUUAAUGCUGUCAUAUGCAAUGACUAUAAACAAAAGCCAGGGACAGAUGUUAUCCCAUGUUGGAUUGCUACUCAAGAAGCCAGCUUUUGUACACGGACAAUUAUAUGUAGCCGCAUCUAGGGUGAGCAAUCCUAAAGGGCUCAAAAUUUUGAUUUGUAAUGAGUUAGGCAAUAGUUGUAAUUCAACCACCAAUGUUGUUUACAAAGAGGUAUUUAACAAUUUGUAA